AUGGCCAUCUCAUCGCGCCUCGCCCUGUGGGAGCAGAAGAUCCGAGAAGAGGAUAAGAGUCCCCCGCCCUCGUCGCCCCCGCCCCUCUUCUCCGUCAUCCCAGGGGGCUUCAUCAGGCAACUGGUCCGGGAGACGGAAAAGGAAUCCAAAGAGGCUAGACGGAGGAAGCAGGCGGCGCUCGCUUCUCCAGAACGAGAGACCCCGGAAGUCCCUGCCAGCCAACCGAAGAGCAAGUCCAGCAGUGACAGCAAACCUGGAGGCCCCCAGCUCACCCAGGAUGGGCAGCCAAAGUCUCCCCAGAGCACAGACAUUCCGGCCACAGAGAGCCAGGGUGCCGGCAGCUCGGACCCCGCCCUGAGGACCAGCAUGAAUGGCGAGAAGCCACAGGAGUCUGGUCCUGGGGGGACCCCCACCAAAAGGACGCUGCCGGUCAGGAGGGGCGUGAGGAGGGGCGACGUGCUGCUGAUGGUGGCCAAGCUGGACCCGGAUGCAGCCAAGCAGGUGCAGCCACAGGAUGCCCCACCUGCAGCCACAGACCCUGGAGGGGGAGCCAAGGGGGAAACCCCACGGACUAGCCCUGUGGCUUCGGCCCCGAAGACUGACAAGACCCAAGCUGGGGUUUCUGGGGACUCGGGUCAAGGGUCAAAAGGCGAGAGGGGUCCAGGACUCGGGGGCAAAGGGAUCCCGGAGGACAAGUGGUACGAGGCGGAGAAGGUGUGGCUGGUUCAGAAGGACGGGUUCACUCUCGCCACGGUGCUAAAGCCGGAUGAGGGAACGGCAGAUCCACCUGCUGGCAGAGUGAGACUUCGCAUCGAUGGGGACCACACCACCGUGGAGGUGGCCGAGGAGCAGGUGCACCCGGCCAACCCUCCUGAGCUGGACCAGGUGGAGGAUCUGGCCUCUCUGGUCAGCAUCAACGAGUCCAGCGUGCUGCACACACUCCUGCAGCGCCACCGUGCGCGCCUGCCGCACACCUGCUCGGGGCCCGACCUCAUCGUUCUGCAGCCCCGGGGGCCCGCGUCACCCUCUGCAGGGAAGGUGCCCAUGUCCAGGGGCCGCUGGGGUCCCUCGCAGGCCCACGUGGCCUCCCUGGCCCAGCGGGCAUACUGGGCGCUGCUGAGUCAACGGCGGGACCAGAGCAUCGUGGCCUUGGGCAGGAGUGGCGCUGGGAAGACCACCUGCUGUGAGCAGGUGCUGCAGCACCUGCUGGAGCUGGCCGGCAGUGUGGACGGCAGGGUGUCAGUGGAGAAGAUCCAAGCCACCUUCACCGUCCUGCGGGCCUUCGGCUGUGUGGCCACGGGCCAGAGUCGCGCUGCCACCCGCUUCGCCAUGGUGAUGUCCCUGGACUUCAAUGCCACUGGCCGAGUCACGGCUGCUCAGUUGCAGACAAUGCUCCUGGAAAAGAGCCGGGUGGUGAGGCAGCCGGAAGGGGAGGGGAACUUCGAAGUUUUCUCACAGAUGCUGGCUGGGCUGGACCUGGACCUCAGGACGGAGCUGAACCUGCACCAGCUGGCAGCCAGCAGCUCUUUUGGCAUGGGCGUGUGGGCCAAGCCAGAAGAAAAGCAGAAGGCGGCGGCUGCCUUUACCCAGCUCCAGGGCGCCAUGGAGAUGCUGGGCAUCUUGGCAAGCGAGCAGCAGGCCAUUUGGCGGGUGCUGGCAGCCAUCUAUCACCUGGGUGCUGCAGGAGCUUGCAAAGUGGGCCGGAAGCAGUUCAUGAGGUUUGAGUGGGCCAAUCAUGCAGCCGAGGCCCUGGGCUGUGAGUAUGAGGAGCUCAACACAGCUACCUUCAAGCACCACCUGCGGCAGAUCAUCGAACAGGUGACAUCUGGGCCGAGCCGGCGAGGCCUUCAGGAAGAGGAGACCAGCUCAGGGCUCAAGAUGACAGGCACAGAGUGUGUGGAGGGCAUGGCCUUGGGCCUGUAUCAAGAGCUCUUCGCUGCCGUGGUCUCACUCAUCAACAGGUCCUUCUCAUCCCAACACCUCUCCAUGGCCUCCAUUAUGGUGGUGGACUAUCCGGGCUUCCAAAGUCCGCGGCAUCAGGGCAAGGAGCGGGCUGCCACCUUUGAGGAACUAUGCCACAAUUACGCUCAUGAGCGCCUGCAGCUGCUCUUCCACCAGCGGACCUUUGUCUCCACGUUGGAGCGACACCGGGAGGAAGGUGUUCCCAUGCAGUUCGAUCUCCCGGAAUCCUCCCCAGCGACCUCAGUGGCUGUUGUGGACCAGAGUCCCUCCCAGGUUCACUUGGCAGCUGGAGGAGGCACUGAGAAUGCCAAGGGUCUCUUUUGGGUGUUGGAUGAGGAGGUUCGGGUGCAGGGCUCCAGCGACAGCGUGGUGCUCGAGCGGCUGUGUGCAGCCUUUGAGAAGAAAGAAGCUGAGACUGAAGGGACCUCUGCCCUGCGCCCCUGCGAGCAGCCCCUCCACUGUGAGAUCUUCCACCAGCUGGGACAGGACCCUGUGCGCUACGACCUCACUGGCUGGCUGCACAGGGCCAAGCCCAACCUCGCAGCCCUGGAUGCCCCCCAGCUCCUGCAACAGUCGAAAAGGGAGGAGCUGAGGAGCCUGUUCCAGGCCCGGGCCAAGCUGCCCCCCGUGUGCCAGGCUGUGACUGGCCUGGAGGGCACCUCCCAGCAGGCCCUGCGGAGAAGCCGCGUGCUACGCAGGACGUUUGCCAGCAGUUUUGCUUCGGUGAAGAGGAAAGCACCGUGCUUCCAGAUCAAGCUGCAGAUGGAUGCCCUGAUCAGUGUGAUCAGACCCUCUCACCUGCACUUCAUCCACUGCCUGGUGCCGACCCCGCUGCUGGAGAGCAGGGGUGGGCAGGGGUUGCCAACGCCUUCCCAGUCGAGUGGAGAUAAGCCUGGUGUAGGCGGACCUGUGACCCUGGACAUCCCGGCACUGCGGGUCCAGCUUGCGGGGUCCCACAUCCUGGAGGCACUGCGCUUGCAUAGGGCAGGCUAUGCUGACCACAUGGGGCUCGCUCAGUUCCGCCGGCGGUUCCAGGCGCUGGACCCUCCGCUCCUGAAGAAGAUCUUGUUAGCUCCAGAGGGAGUAGAUGAGAGGAAGGUGGUCGAGGAGCUCCUGCAGAGUCUGGACCUGGAGAAGAAGGCCGUGGCCUUGGGACACAGCCAGGUAUUCCUCAAGGCAGGGGUGAUCUCCAGGCUGGAGAGGCAGCGGGAGAAGCUGGUGUCUCCGAGCAUCAUCCUCUUCCAGGCAGCAUGCAAGGGCUUUCUGUCCCGCCAGGAGUUCAAGAAGUUGAAGAUCCACCGACUGGCAGCCAGGUGCAUCCAGAAGAAUAUGGCUGUGUUCCUGGCAGUCAAGGACUGGCCAUGGUGGCAGCUCCUUGGCUCCCUCCGGCCCCUGCUGAGUGCCACCAUUGGGCAUGAACAGCUCCGAGCCAAGGAGGAGGAGCUUAGAGCACUAAGGCAGAAGCUAGAAAAAUCGGAGAAGCUGCGAAACGAAUUCCGGCAGAGCACAGAUCUGUUGGAGAGCAAGGUUGCCGACUUGACCACAGAACUUGCUGAUGAGCGCUUCAAAGGUGACGUGGCCUGCCAGGUGCUGGAGAGUGAGCGGGCAGAGCGGCUGCAGGCCUUCCGGGAGGUCCAGGAGCUCAAGAGCAAGUGUGAGCAAGUCCAGAAGAAGUUGGGAGAAGUGGAAAAGCAGCUGGAAGAAGCCCAGCAGAAAAUCCAGCUGAAUGACCUGGAAAGGAAGCAUGCUGGAGGAGACGAGUGGCAGAUGCGUUUUGACUGUGCCCAGAUGGAGAAUGAAUUUCUCAGGAAGCGUCUACAGCAAUGUGAAGAGAGGCUGGACUCGGAGCUGACAGCCAAGAAAGAGCUGGAGCAGAAGCUCGGGGAACUGCAGGGUGCUUACGAAGGGGCCAAGAUGACAGCCCAACAACUGAAGAGGAAAUGCCACCGCCUGACCUGUGACCUGGAGGACACCCGAGUCCUGCUGGAGAACCAGCAGAGCCGAAACCAUGAGCUGGAGAAGAAGCAGAAGAAGUUUGACAUGCAGCUGGCCCAGGCCCUGGGUGAGUUUGCAUUUGAGAAGAGCCUCCGUGAGAAGGUGACUCAGGAGAAUACCAGUGUCCGGUGGGAGCUGGGUCAGCUCCAGCAGCAGCUGCAGAAAAAGGCGCAGGAGGCCUCUCAGCUGAAGCAGGAGGUAGAGAAGCUGCAGGACCAGAAACGGGAGCUGCUGGGGUCCACCUCUCUGCGGGAAAAUUGUGUUGCUGGAUUGAAGGAGAAGCUCUGGAAGCUAGAAUCCAAUGCCCUCGAGCAGCAGAAGAUCCAGAGCCAGCAGGAAAGCACCAUCAAGCAGCUGGAGCAGCUCCGCCAGCAGUUUGAGCUGGAGAUUGAGAGGAUGAAGCAGAUGCAUCAGAAGGACCGCGAGGACAAAGAGGAGGAGCUGGAGGACGUCCGCCAGUCCUGCCAGAAGCGGCUGCGUCAGCUGGAAAUGCAGCUGGAGCAAGAGUAUGAGGAGAAGCAGAUAGCUCUCCACGAGAAGCAGGACUUGGAAGGCUUGAUUGGAACCCUCUGUGAACAGAUUGGCCAUCGUGACUUUGACGUGGAGAAGCGUCUUCGGAGGGACCUCAAGAGGACACAUGCGCUGCUGUCAGACGUGCAGCUCCUUCUGGGGACCAUGGAGGAGAGCAAGACGUCAGUCAGCAAGGAGGAACUGGACAAAGUGCACAGCCAGCUAGAACAGAGUGAAGCCAAAUGUGAGGAUGCCUUGAAGACACAGAAGUCGCUGACCACAGACCUGGAGAACAUGCACAGUGAGCUGGAGAACAUGACCCGCAACAAGAGCCUGGUGGAUGAGCAACUAUACAGACUGCAGUUUGAAAAGGCGGAUCUCCUGAAGCGCAUUGAUGAGGACCAGGAGGACCUGAAUGAACUCAUGCAGAAGCACAAGGACCUCAUUGCUCAGUCUGCUUCUGACAUUGGACAAAUCCAAGAACUGCAGCAGCAGCUGGAGGAAGCCAAGAAGGAGAAGCACACACUGCAAGGGCAACUGCAGGUGGCUCAGAUGCGCAUUGAGUACCUGGAGCAGUCUACUGUGGACAGAGCCAUCGUCAGCAGGCAGGAAGCCGUUAUCUGUGACCUGGAAAACAAGACAGAGUUCCAGAAAGUUCAGAUCAAGAGAUUUGAGGUCCUUGUGGUCCGGCUCCGUGACAGCUUGAUCAAGAUGGGUGAGGAACUGUCGCAGGCAGUGGCAGCGGAGGCACAGCAGCGGGAGAGCAGCCAGUAUUACCAGCGGCGCCUGGAGGAGUUGAAGGUUGAUAUGGAAGAGCUGGUGCAGCGGGAGGCGGAGGCCAGUCGUCGCUGCAUGGAGCUGGAGAAGUAUGUGGAGGAGCUGGCGGCCGUGAGGCAGACCCUGCAGACAGACCUGGAGACGUCCAUCCGGAGGAUUGCUGACCUCCAGGCAGCCUUGGAAGAAGUGGCUUCGAGCGACAGUGACACUGAGAGUGUCCAGACGGCGGUGGAUUGUGGCCCUGGCGGCAGAAAAGAGAUGGAUAGCAUCUCCAUCAUCAGUUCCCAGCCCGAGGGCAGUUUGCAGUCCUGGUCGAGCUGUACCCUCUCGUUGGCUGCAGACUCAGCGAGGAGCCCCUCUCGACAGUCAACUGUCAGCAGCCACUUCCACAGCCCCAGGAGGACUGUGGAGCGUGGAGAUGCAUCGGCAAUGGCUCUGGGCAGAGCCUGGGAGAGCAAGACCCCGGGAGAAAGGGGGACUGUGUCUCCCCGCUCUAUCCCCCAGCAGAGGUCGUGCCACUCUGGAGACAGCGAAGGACUGGGUUUCCAGAGGAAGCCAGUGGCCGAGAGAUCAGGAGCUCUGUUUGCCUCCCCAUCCCAUCGGAGUCCAGACACAUCCCCGUCGCCCAGGGAAAAGCUGCCCAGCCCCUCAGCUGCCCUCUCGGAGUUCGUGGAAGGACUUCGGAGGAGGAGAGCCCAGAAGGGGCCAGGGACCAGGCUGGGCCUUGAGGACUGGCCCACUCUGCCCAUCUAUCAGACCACUGGGGCAUCCACGCUUAGGAGGGGCAGCAGGGCUGGCAGCGAUGAGGGCGACCUCUCGUUGAGAGCCGGGGCUAGGUCGUCCCAGGAAACCAGCGACCUGGCCUCCUCCGGUACCUCAGCAGGUCUCCUGCGCUCCACCAGCCUCAAAUGCAUCUCUUGGGAUGACACCCAGGGUGCGGGCGCGCUCCCGGAGAAGCGGAAGACUCGGUUCAGCUCCUGCGAAGCCCUGCUAGAGUCAGGCUCUGGCUCUGGGAGACAACUGGGCUCCUCCGAGAUACUUGGAGACAGGCUCUUGUCGCCCACGCUGCGGCCCCGGAGGCGGUGUCUGGAGGCCUCCGUGGAUGACUCAGGCUGUCCAGAACUGGGGAGCGAGCCGCUGGUCUUCCAAAACCGCCAGUUUGCGCACCUGAUGGACGAUACUUCCCCAGACAGUGACCCUUGUGCCUGGAAGGUCCCGGGCCUCCACUACCAGCGUAAGGCCAAAGUGGACUUCGAUGACUUCCUGCCAGCCAUCCGGAAGCCGGGGACACCCACGGCCUCACUCAGAGCUGUCCGAGAGGGAGCAGGCAGCCCACGGUCCCCCAGCGUCCAUUUUGAGAUGGAAGAUGCCGACCGUAGCUUUGUUUCGGGGCUUAAGACCAUCCUGAAGAAGAGCCCGGAGCUCAAGGAAGACCCUGGGCACCUGUCGGACUCAUCCUCCUCGUCCAGCUCCAUUGUGUCCUACAAGAGCGCCGACAGUAUCAAGAGCCGCCCUGGACUUCCACGGCUCCAGGGUGAUGGUGGGGAGGACCAGGCAUCCCCAGAGAACAGGGGAGAACAGGCUCCAGGGAGAAGAGACAACAACAAUGACAACGACGUGGAGAGCAUCAUGAAGAAAUAUCUCCAAAAAUAGGAGAAAGAGCCAGCUUCUUCUGAUGCACCUGACCUCAAAGACUUGUAGCUCUGCAACUGUUGGGGGAGACAGAGAGAGAGAAAGACUGGCCAGGCCUUUCUCAAGGAGGCACCAGUCCUCAGCCAGCCAGCCAGCCAGCCAGCCAGCACGGCCACCCUGAAGACAUGCUGAGCUCCAGAGGCAGCAUCAGCAGCAGGGGGCACAGAGCACCCAGUGGGUGGGCUUAGUCUGUACAAAAUAAAGUGUGCGUGCCU